GGCGGCAGACGGCACGCAGCGCAGCCCAGCCGAGCCUCGCGGGGCCGCCCCAGCCCGAGGACCCCGGGCCUGCGACCCCCGCGGUCCGCAACCCACUCCAAGGACAUCCCGGGAGGACGCGCCGCGCUCCCCGCCCCUGCUGCGCGCCCCCGGUUCAACUAGCUUCCGAAGCUAGCCCCCCAGACCCUAUUUUUUAAAAAAGAAGAAAAGAAACAGCAACCCAACCCGGAACUUUCCUCCUUCCUGCUCUGGAGUCUGGCCCGUGUCAUCCCCCUGCAGUCAGGCAGGGCCGAGAGAGCGCCAGCCUUUCCAGGGGCAAGAUCUCUUGAGCAUUCCACCCCCAGGUCUACACCGUUGAGGUCUACACCGCUGGGCCCUGCUGCCAGCCACCUGCCCUCCUGCAGGCUCCCAGUUCCAGGGCUCUGGAGGUCGCGGGCACAAUGCUCCGGGUCCUGGUAGGGGCUGUCCUGCCUGCCAUGCUGCUGGCUGCCCCUCCACCCAUCAACAAGCUGGCCCUGUUCCCAGACAAAAGUGCCUGGUGCGAAGCUAAGAACAUCACACAGAUCGUGGGCCACAGCGGCUGUGAAGCCAAGUCCAUCCAGAACAGGGCGUGUCUAGGACAGUGUUUCAGUUACAGUGUUCCCAACACCUUCCCACAGUCCACAGAGUCCCUGGUACACUGUGACUCCUGCAUGCCAGCCCAGUCCAUGUGGGAGAUUGUGACCUUGGAGUGCCCAGGCCAUGAGGAGGUGCCCAGAGUGGACAAGCUCGUGGAGAAGAUCGUGCACUGCAGCUGCCAGGCCUGCGGCAAGGAGCCCAGUCACGAGGGUCUGAGCGUCUACGUGCAGGGUGAAGAUGGGCCCGGCUCCCAGCCUGGACCCCACCCCCACCUCCACCCCCCCAGGCUGAAGAAGAGGGGGCCGAGGACUAAGGGACCCCCAGUUCUUCCUCCCCUCUCAUCCCCUGUGGAAUGUUGGGUCCCACCCUCCAGGGAAGAGUGAGGGGAGAGGUGGAAACCCCCUCCUUUGGCACUGGAUGGACUUGGGAUUCAGACUUGGACUUGGAAUGCUGCCCGGUUGCCAUGGAGACCUGAAGGGAGGGGCUGGAGCUGCACAAUUUAAUAUAUGCAAGAUGGGGGGAAGAGGCAGAGCUCUCCAGGACAGGCUCUUUUGGGAAGGUGGAGGAUGGCUCUUCCUUUCUGCCUUCUAGAGAUGUGCCCUUGGGAAGGGGAGGAAGUGGGCUAAGCUGCUGAGGAGACAUGAGGCCCUCCAAGAGGCAGGUCCAGGCCAGGGCCCACACAGACCCUGAUGGGGCAGGAUCCCCAGGGGUGGGCAAAGGAUGGGCACCAUGCCAGUACCCAUCUUGCAGGAGGGGCUGGGCUAGGAAGAUUCCUGGCAGAGGCAGCGGUCUCCAGCCCCCACAGAUUCCCCUCCAGGCCUCCCCCACUCCCCAUCCCCAGGGAAGCAACCCCUUCAAUAGAGUGGUUUGGGAGUCAGGCCGGGGCAGGACCCUGCUGAUUCCGGUGCCAGACUGUCACUGAAGAAGAGAGCAAGCCUUCCUCCCUCAAGAGCUCUUAGCACCCACUACCCCCGUGUUCUAGACUCCUCAGGAGCAGAUGGAGCCAACUCUACUGUCUUUGGGGGAAGGUCUUUCAGAAUAUGAUGAUGCCUGGGCUUAUCUCCAUCACUGGGACAUAGUGAACAGGAGGCCCCUGUGCAGGACCCCUGCUGACCUCAGCUUCCUCUAGCUCUUCCUAGCUCCUUAUUCUCCCCCAUCCUCCUUUCCAGGUGCACUUUUUUCGCCCCUUAGAGGGAUGUGGGACCUAAGGCAGGGCAGGCGGAGCAGGUGGCGAGGAAGAGCCCCCUGCCCUCCGACUUGCUUGUGUCCAGGGGGCUGCCACUCUAACCUACCCCAGGGGUGUUCCAGCCCAUGGCUGUUUGACGAGAGCUUUAGAGCUUGUAACCAGUAGCCAUCUCCCUUGAACCCUGAGUGUUCUCAUGAAUAAACGCCUUCAUUGUCUCCAC